CGUCCCGUCCCACGCUCCCCGCCCUAAUCGGCAGGCGGUGAGCCCUCGGGCCGGGCACCCGCAGCGGACCUCCAGCGGGGCCGCGCGGGACAUUCCAGGCGCCAUCUGCCUGACAGGGUGUGGCUUUGCCAACGACCUGGAGUUUCGUGCUUGCAACGGGUGCUCUCCUCCACAUCACUCGGUCGGUCGGUCGUGUCGGCAGCAAACCAGCAGCCCAAACGAUGAACUCAGCACCGUUCUUCCUGCUGCGGAGCCUGCGGACGAGCGCAAGCUUGCCCAAGCGCGCUCCCAGACGAUGCGCGGCGGCGCUGCCCCGAGCACCGCCGCUCCGACGACCCUUCUCGACGACGCGGCCGCGAGCCGAUAAGCCCCAGCCCGUCGACGACCCCAACUUCGUUUCCGCCCUCGAUGCGCCGCCUAGGAUCGUCCGCGCCGGGCGUCGGCACGGCCCAGGCCUCAUCCUCCUCGCCCUGAUCCCCAUCACGGCCUUUGCCCUCGGGACGUGGCAGGUCCAGCGCCUGGGCUGGAAAAACGACCUCGUCGCCAAGUUCGAGGACCGCCUCGUUCGCGACCCCCUGCCCCUGCCGCCCACCGUCGACCCCGCGGCGAUCCACGACUUCGACUACCGCCGCGUGCUCGCCACGGGCCGCUUCCGGCACGACCAGGAGAUGCUCAUUGGGCCGCGCAUGCGCGACGGGAAAGACGGCUACAUGAUCGUGACGCCGCUGGAGCGCGACAACGGCUCCACGGUGCUCGUCAACCGGGGGUGGAUCGCAAAGGACCGCCGCGAGCAGCGGACGCGCCCGGACUCGCUGCCCCGAGGCCAAGUCACCGUCGAGGGCCUGCUGCGCGAGCCCUGGAAGAAGAACAUGUUUACGCCGGAGAAUAGGCCCGACAAGGGCCAGUUUUAUUUCCCAGACGUGCAACAGAUGGCUGCUCUGACGGGCAGCCAGCCUGUAUGGAUAGAGGCCACCAUGGAACCCGAGUACAUGCGGAUGAUGGACUAUGAGGCGCGCGGCAUCCCCUUUGGCCGCCCCGCCGAAGUCAACCUGAGGAAUAACCAUGCCCAGUACAUCUUUACCUGGUACGGAUUAUGUGUGGCCACGACCAUCAUGCUGUACAUGGUUGUGAAGAAGCCGGCCAACAGCGUGGCCCGCCGCGUCCAGGUCACCAAAAAUCUGUGAACGAGGCCGUUGCGAUGCUUCAUGUGACCUCAGUAGCGUCUUCGUCGUCGUCGCGUUCCCCACGCGAGCGUUUGGCGCGGCGCAACUUGGCGGGCCGGGGCAAUGGCAUUCUCAAGUCCUGAAGCAGCUCCCGCGGCAAAUGCUUCUGCGCCAGGGAGAACAAUGUAACAUCAGACCCAAUUUGGCGUUGCCUGUACGAUAUUAGAAGACAGAACAAGACUCCAUGAUACCCGUCAACUCACCGUCCCAUUAGCGUGGCCACGUCGCUCUCCUCGAUCGUCUUGCGU